GGCUGGGCAAUAUUCGUCGUUCUUGUCUUGGUUGCAAUUGCGCGAUAUCGCGACUCAAGCAGGAAUGCCACAGCCUCUUCAGAGUACAGUCGAAAGGCGAGCACAGUUGUUCCUGAUAUCAUACCUGCUCCCAAUUUCAACCUAAACUCGAUUGAUCCACCAGUAUUUCGCCCAUUCAAGCCAAAGUAUCACUUGACUAUGGGUAAGAUGCUCACCGAGACGACAGGUAUUGAGACUGUAGAUCGCAACGAUCUGAUACUCUUCGACAACACCUACGCAGAACGUCUAUGUCUGCGUGAGUCUCUACUGCAGCAGUAUUCUACUGAUGUCAUUGGAGUGACAUCCGAGACGGACAUGAAAAUUCGGCUAGCGGUCCAAGAGCUUUACAGCUACCUUUUUGCAACUUACUUGCCGAAGCGGUACCCCAAACUUUUUGAAGUUGCCGGGAAGGAGCUGGCUACUCAUACCCACCUGAAGAAUCAAGUGACGGGGAAUGUCUUUCCAAUGCACAUUGCCAAUUCAACACCCUUGCGGGAUGCACUGAAAACGAUUGCCGAGAACGUGGACGAAGACUUUUUCAUUCUUUUUCCUCGUAGACAAGAGGGUACGGAUGAGGAGAUCUACAUCCUAGAAGCUUAUGCAGCCUGCUUUCCCUCUGGGUUCCAACCGAGGGAGAAGAUUGGCAAAAAGCUGGCUGAUAUCCACGGUCCGGUACCUGGAUACAAGCAGAAAUUGCAAAAGAGCAUGGAUCGAUUCUUUGCCCGACUCGAGCCCGGUCGAUACGUGAAACGAGUCAACUGGGGCGUGACGGUUGACGAGGAGCUCUUUUCAAAUUUCGACAAGAGCAAACCUGCUUUUGAGGGAACAUUACAGAAGAUAUCUCUUGAAGAGCUAAAUCUGGACAAGACAUACCUACGCUGCGAGCGUCAAACCCUUCAUCGACUACCCGCUUCGGGGGCGAUUGUCUUUGGCUUUCAUACCUAUAUCUACCCGAUCCAGGACAUUAAAGCAGAAGGGAAUGGAGAGCUUCUCGCGCAGGCCAUUGAUGGGCUGGAACAUGGGAGUGUCCCUGAGAUGUUUACGUACAAAGGCGGAGGCAAAUGGGCGGGCUCUGUACGCGAGUAUCUUCGAGGUUAA